ACGAGUGACAUCACGUUCGGCUUCAUUGCCAUCAACUUAACUGAUCCGACAAUUCUGGACAAAGACAUCAAACAGUCGCCCACCAUAUGGUCGCGCCCUAUGCCGCUGGCCUGGUAUUUCAAGACACAGUGGGAACGGGAGUACGGAAACAACGGGCGCUGGAAAGAGCACUUCUGUCACGACUGGUCCCAACAGGAGUCUUACGCCGACCGGUUCGACCGAGUGGUGUCCCGGUGUCCCUGUACUCUACAACAGGCCUCACUUGACAGGGGUCGCUUCUCGCCCGACCUCGAGUGCAAUGUCAUUGACCGCAAGUGCGAUACUUUCCACAGAGGGGCACAACACUGCCUCAACACUGGACGGCCGUCAAUCGGUGGUUCCGGACAGACCUGUUGUUACGACGACUACGACGAGCUUGUACAGACCGCUGACACUAUGUAUGGCGGCAGACCCUCCCGGGCCCAUAUUUAUGGCAAACAUCCCUUUAAGAUGCGCAUGAUGGUAUUAACCGCAACCUCCCUGUCCACCACAGAUCCCAGCGCUGUCCGAAUGGCUUUACGACACAAUGCCCUUCUUCUUCUGCUGCAAAUGGCAGGCCGAGGAGGACAACGCGGACACGUGUCAGAUGUAUAA